UUAGUACGUUGAAUGAUAAUAUAACAAGUGAAACAUCAACACCAAGAGAGAGGAAAAAAGUUUGAUUGUUGUGGAUCAUAUUAAUCAGUAAUGGAAACAACAACAGCAAUUUAAUCAUUAAAAUCAAAUACCUUUCUUUUAUAUUAUCAUCAUUUUCACCAUCAUCAACAUCAUCAACAUCAUCAACAUCGUCAUAAUUGUUAUCUUCACAAUCAUUAUCACCUUAAUAAUCAAAACAAUUAUAAAUAAUUGGAAUAGUUUUUUCAAUUCAAUCUUAUUUAACUGGAUUAAUCCUAUCUUAAUCUGUUCAAUUAGAAUCAACCAGCUUGUUGCAAGUUGACAUUGUGAUAAUCAAGUUAAAUCUUAAUUUGGUUUCGUCAACAAUUUAACAAUUCACCAUUUUCCAAAUUUCAAGAUAUCAUCGUAAAGAUUAGUCUAAACCAACGGAAUAUAAUCCAAAUCUAAUUACCUUGUGUCCUUAACAAUCAAAUAGUUUAUCUAAUCAUCAACUUAAUCAUCAACAGACCAAUCAGCAUAAUCGAAUUAACAAAACAAAGGUUAUAUUGAUCAUCUUUUAAUUGUCUCCAUUAAGAUUAAUUGUAUCGUUACUUUUAAAGCUUACAGCAAACAUAAUAAAUUAACUGUAGUAGUGUAAUCGUAAUUUAAUUUCAAUAAUUAACGUAGUGUAUUUGUUACAUCAACACAAUCAACAUCUAAAUUAGUGAAUUGUUCAAGUUAAAUCCAAAGGCUAUGGAAAGUGCCAAUACAACACAAAUUGUUUACAAUGUUUUCUUAAUUUUGUUAAUUGUUUCAUCAUGGAAUCUUUUGAUUCAGUCUAAUCAAGCUCAAUCUAUUCCAACAGCAGUGAAAAUUGGUGCUUUAUUCACCAAGGAGGAAAAAGAUUCACAAACUGAAUUAGCAUUCAAAUAUGCUGUUUAUCGGGUCAAUAGGGAUCCAAAUAUACUGCCCAAUACAACUUUAGUCUAUGAUAUACAAUAUGUACCUCAUGAUGAUAGUUUUCAUGCCUCCAAAAAAGCUUGUUUCCAAAUUACUUCUGGAGUAAUAUCAAUAUUUGGUCCUCAAGAUCCUUUACUGGGCAUUCAUGUCCAGUCACUUUGUGAUGCUCUCGAUAUACCUCAUAUGGAGGCUCGUCUACAGAAUCUGGGUGAGGCUGGACACAGUAAAGAGUUUUCAAUCAACCUCCAUCCUGGUUCAGCAGCGAUGUCCGAUUCCCUGAGAGAUUUAAUAAUCUACCUUAAUUGGACCAAAGUUGCAGUUCUUUACGAAGAUGAUAUGUCGCUCAUUGGACUUCAAGAAUUGGUCAAGCCUCCAUUACCCAAAAAUGUUCAAUUCGUUUUCCGAAAAACUGAACCAAAGAUAUUCAGGGAAACCCUGAGGGAUAUUAAGAAUCGCAACAUCUACUCGUUAAUUGUUGACACUAAACCGGAAAGUCUUCCAUCACUAUUAACUGCGAUUCUUCAAGUUCAAAUGAAUGACUACAAAUACCAUUAUCAUUUCACAACUUUUGAUGUGGAAAUAUAUGAUUUGGAAAAUUUUAAAUACAAUUUUGUAAAUAUGACUGCCUAUCGAUUAAUAGACUCAAAUAAUCAUCGAAUUGGAACAAUUUUAGAAGAAAUUGAGAAAAUUCAAGCCGUCGGUCAACCGAUUCUCAAUCGAACCAAAGUUAUCCAAGCUGCUCCUGCCCUAAUGUAUGAUUCCGUCUAUGCUCUUGCAAUGGGCUUACAUUCACUACAAUUAAGUAAUCCCUCCAUUCAAUUACGAAGCUCAAAUGCUUCAUGUGAAACUGAAAAUCCAUGGAUCGAUGGAAGCAGUUUAUUUAAUUAUAUUAAUUCUGUUGAAUAUCGUGGCUUAACUGGAAGAAUCAAAUUCGCUGAAGGUGUUCGAGCUUCAGUUAAAAUGGAUUUACUUAAAUUACGUCAACAUGAUCUUGAUAAGGUCGGUGAAUGGACUAACACUGGAGGAUUAAAUAUCACGAAUGCUGAAGCUUUUCAUGAAUUUGGAACCACAAAUAUAACAUUGAAAGUUACCACAAUCGAGGAAAUUCCUUAUUUAAUGAAGAAAAAAGAUGCCAAUCUAACGGGUAACGAUCGAUAUGAAGGAUUUUGUAUCGAUCUACUUCAAACUAUCGCUGAAGCUCUCGAUUUCCAUUUCGAACUUCACCUGGUUCCUGAUGGGAAAUUCGGAGCUCAGGAUGUAGCAACUAAGGAAUGGAAUGGAUUGGUCAGAGAACUCAUGGAUAAGAAAGCUGAUCUUGCUGUUGCUCCGAUGACCAUAACUUAUACUCGUGAAUCUGUUAUCGAUUUCACUAAGCCUUUUAUGAACCUUGGAAUCGGCAUUUUAUUUAAGAUUCCAAGUAAUAUGCCCACUCGACUUUUCUCAUUUAUGUCACCUCUUGCGGUGGACAUUUGGUUAUAUGUCCUGGCCGCUUACAUCUUGGUCUCUUCGACUCUUUUCAUUGUUGCCCGUUUCAGUCCAUACGAGUGGACUAAUCCUCACCCAUGUGCCCGUGAUUCAGAUGUAAUUGAGAAUCAAUUUAGUUUAGCCGAUAGUUUCUGGUUCACUGUGGUAACCCUGAUGAAACAAGGUUGUGACCUUAACCCUAGAGCGGUGUCCACUCGAAUCAUUGGUGCGAUUUGGUGGUUUUUUACACUUAUUUUAAUAUCAUCUUACACAGCCAAUUUAGCUGCCUUUUUAACCGUUGAACGGAUGGUCACUCCCAUCGAAUCGGUUGAAGAUCUUGCUGCUCAACAAAAAAUUGCCUACGGAACUUUGGAAGGAGGAUCGACCAUGACCUUCUUCAGGGACUCGAAAAUUCCGACCUAUCAGAAGAUGUGGAGAUACAUGGAAAAUAAUCACCAUGUUUUCGUGAAAAGUUACUCAGAAGGAGUUGAUCGAGUUCUGCAAGGAAAUUACGCUUUUCUUAUGGAAUCAACAAUGUUGGACUACAAAGUCCAGAGAGAUUGUAACCUUACUCAGGUCGGUGGACUUUUAGACUCCAAAGGUUACGGAAUAGCGACACCAAUGGGUUCACCUUGGAGGGACAGAAUCUCUUUGGCAAUUCUGGAUCUUCAGGAAAAGGGUAUUAUUCAGAUGUUAUAUGAUAAAUGGUGGAAAAGCCCUGGAUUAACCUGUAUAAGAGAUGAAAUGAAAAACAAGGACGGAAAAGCAAGUGCACUUGGACUCGAUAAUAUCGGAGGUGUUUUCGUCGUCCUCCUUUUUGGCCUUGCAUUAGCCUUAAUCACCGCAGUGGGUGAAUUUUUCUGGAACUCAAGAAAAAGUACCAAAGCAACCAGGCAAUCAUUUUGCUCUGAAAUGGCCGAAGAACUGAGAUUCGCUGUUAAAUGUCGAGCUUCCCGCCAAAGGCCAGUUCUAAAGCGACAAUGUUCAAACUGUUUCGUUGCACCAACCUACGUGCCUAAUGGAUCCGAACAGCCUAUUCAAGAGAAUGGGAUUCUUCAUGGUUUAUAUGAUCUAACAAAAUCAACUUCAAUGGAAUAUCAUGAAAACUAAAUUAUCGUCGAUCCAUUGAAUGAAAGACAGAACGAAAUGAGAAAAAUAAAAGUUCUGAAUGGAAAAAGAAAUUCUCACAUUUAUAUUAUUACUUAUAUAUCAUCACGAUUAUCGUUAUUAUCUGAUUCAGUUGUAAACAUUUUCUGAAUUGUCAGACUUUUUUUAUAUUCUCGCCAUGAAUCAUGAUAAUAUUGAAAGAUUGGAUCAUUGAAAUGAUCAGAAAACCACUGAGGUGGUCAUUAUAUUUACCCAAAGAUCAAAUGAAUCAAUGUAAUCAGAUUAAUGACUUUCACAUUUAUCUUCAAUUCAUCAAUGGCUUUCAUGAUAAUGUUCAUGAUAUGUAACAAAUUGAAUCAAUGAUGAAACUCCCACUUUCUUACCAAUCAUUUACAUCACUAUAUUAACAGUUAAUUAUAAUUAAUUGUUACUCUAAUCAACCAAAUUUGUUGAGGAAAACAAACUUUUAAUUAUGUCAAAUCUCAACUAUUAAUAUAAAGUAACUAAUGUUUAUUUUUAUAUACAAAUCUUGUUAAAUUGUCACAAAAUUGGACAACCUUAAUUAUUAUUAAUCAGCUAAUUUAAUGAUAAUCAUGUAACAUCAUCUUGAUUGUAACCAAUAGAUUUACAAUAUAAUUAACAAUUAU